UCAGAAUUAAAAUACACUUUUUAUGGAUUGUGUUUUUAUAAUGAAGACACGUUUAAAAUAUUUUUGCGAUGACUAAUGAUCUUUAUCUUAGAUUGCAUCUUUUGCGCUUAAACAUUUUACAUUUUAGAGACGGAGAAUAUAAAAGCGAGAAAGGCAGAGUGAUAUUUAUAGUCUGAUUUUAUAUCGUUUCAUGCAUAUACGAUUUCGAGAUAUACAAAAUUUUUCAUAUUUGGCUGAUUGUAAAUUUUAAAAGUGUAUGUUUUUAUAAUGAAGACACGUUAAAAAUAUUUUUGCGAUGACUAAUGAUCUUUAUCUUAGAUUGCAUUUGUUGCAUCUUUUGCGCUUAAACAUUUUACAUUUUAGAGACGGAGAAUAUAAAAGCGAGAAAGGCAAAGUGGUAUUUAUAGUCUGAUUUUAUAUCGUUUCAUGCAUAUAUGAUUUCGAGAAAUACAAGAUUUUUCAUAUUUGGCCGAUUGUAAAAGUAUGUUUUUAUAAUGAAGACACGUUAAAAAUAUUUUUACGAUGACUAAUAAUCUUUAUCUUAGAUUGCAUCUGUUGCAUCCUUUGCGCUUAAACAUAUUUUACAUUUUAAAGACGGAGAAUAUAAAAGCGAGAAGGGCAGAGUGGUAUUUAUAGUCUGAUUUUAUAUCGUCUCGUGCAUGUACGAGAUUUUUUAUACUCGACUGAUUGUACAUAAAUUAUGAAAGAUUAUCUAAGAUUAUCAAAACUUGAGAUUGAUUAUCGUAAUUGAUUUUAAUCACAAAAUCGUAGCACGGCGGACAGCGUUCCAGAUGUCACUAGUGGUACACGACACGUGCGAGACUGCGAACUGCCAACGCGUAUUGUCGAGCGAAGUUCCGCUGGCGAGUCAGAGAGUCAAGCCAGGAAGUGCCUCGCAAUUUUUCGCGGAAGUGGGAUGACGUCAGAAACGUGUUGCAUGACAAUGACGCAUCGCGAGCCUGCACUAGCGGAUCGUGGCUCUCUAACGAUCGCCGAGCACUUAUCGUUAGUCCGAAGGAGCGGCUCUUGCGCAAAAUCGCCAAAAGCAAUUAGCGCGAUAUGAAUCGCGGAGAGAUUCCGAAGAUUGUCGCGCUCCCGGCUCUCGCGGGAGCGCGUGGACGAACGAUGAUGAGCAUGCCUUCUCUCGCCGCGCGAUGACACGAACGACAAAAAUUUCCGCCUCUCCGUCGUCCGCGCGGCGAUGAUCGUGCGAUUUUACGAGCGUCGUUGAGCCGCGCGGCGAGAGAAACCACGCCGGCGAUUGCGUCAGCUCUCGGCAGAGCUACAUGGUGAGGAAGUUCCAUUGUGAUGUGGCGAGCCUCGUCUUGCGUGCGCAUCGUUCAGGUAAACGGGGCAUCUCAUCCGCUGCUCGGCGGGAUGACGACAUAACCUCUCGAGAGUCGCCCGCGAGACGAUCAGCCCCCCCCCAGCUGUGUCGCACAUGAGACGGAUCGCCCACGCGGAUUUUCGUGCGAUUUCCGCGUCCGAGGUCCGACGAAGGGAGCGCUAACGAGGAAAACAUGACGACGGAGGAGGCGCAGGAGCGCGCGUUGAACGGCGUCGCCGAGGACGAGGACGUCGUGACACCGUGGACGGUCGCGAGCGUCAACGACUCCGGGAUCGAUUACGACAAGUUGAUCAAGAAAUUCGGAAGUUCGAAGAUAGACGACGAGUUGCUGGCCAGAUUCGAGAGGAUCACCGGCAAGAAACCGCAUCACUUUCUCAGACGGGGCAUAUUCUUCUCCCACCGGGACAUGCACACCAUCCUUAACCUUUACGAGCAGGGGCAGUUCUUCUACUUGUACACGGGCAGGGGCCCGAGCACCGACGCGAUGCACCUGGGACAUCUCAUACCCUUCAUGUUCUGCAAGUGGCUGCAGGACGUUUUCGACGUGCCGCUGGUCGUGCAGCUGACCGACGACGAGAAGGCGAUAUGGAAGAACAUAAAAGUGGAGGACGCCAUUAAGCUGGCCUACGCGAACGCGAGGGACAUCAUCGCCUGCGGCUUCAACCUCGAGAAGACCUUCAUCUUCUCCAAUCUGGAGCACAUAGGAAACAACUCGGCGUUCUACCAGAACAUGAUCAGGAUACAGAAGUGCGUCACGUUCAACCAGGUGAAGGGCAUCUUCGGCUUCGGCGACAGCGAUCCGAUCGCGAAGAUCGCGUUCCCGCCGACGCAGGCGGCGCCGGCGAUCUCCGGCUCGUUCCCCUUCAUCUUCAGGGACGCCAAGGUGCACUGCCUGAUACCGUGCGCGAUCGAUCAGGACCCGUACUUCCGCAUGACGCGGGACGUGGCGCCCAGGCUGGGCUUCCCCAAGCCGGCCCUGCUGCACGCGACCUUCUUCCCGGCGUUGCAGGGCUCCAAGACGAAGAUGUCGGCGAGCGACAACUGCACGGCGAUAUUUCUCACGGACACCGCGAAGCAGAUCAAGAACAAGGUCAACAAGCACGCGUUCUCGGGCGGCCAGGCCACCGUGGAGGAGCACAGGCAGCUCGGCGGCAACUGCGAGGUGGACAUAUCCUACCAGUGGCUGCGAUUCUUCCUGGAGGACGACGAACGAUUGGAACAAAUUAGAAAAGACUAUACCAGCGGGGAGAUCUUGACGGGCGAGCUGAAGAAGGAGUUGAUCGAGGUGCUGCAGCGGCUCGUCGCCGCGCACCAGGAGGCGAAGAGUAAAGUAACGGACGAAGUGAUCAAGCAAUACAUGAUUCCUAGAGACCUUGGCUUCGUGUCGAAAACGAAGUAAACUAUUUACUUAGCGAGCUACUUGGAUUCUCCCUGGAACUUUCGCUGGAGAUAUCUAUUUAAAUAAUUUAUUACAAGACACGCUGCAACUAUAAAGUAACGUUUCACGAUCUUUUUCAAGCACCACUUCUUUGUUGACAGAUUAAAUUAAUUUUUCUAUCGA